AUGGUCCCAGCUCCGGUUGCUCUAGCGGGGGCCAGUAGUGGUGGCAGCGCUGCCGCCUCGCCCUUUGCCCUGAUGGCCUUGUCCGCCCGCGCAGACGCUGCCAACGAGCGGCCGCGCAUGUCGAUUGCGAUGGACGCGAGAGGCGACUUCAAUGGCUCUUGCACCGCAUCACAGGCCAGCACCAUAUCUCCAGAGACGCCGAUGGGCUCCUGCGCCUCAUACUUCGCCGACGUCACAGACUACUGCUGCGCAGCCGUUGGAGGCAUCUACGAUGCGAGCUUCAGCGUGCCCAACGCCUCAGCCGAAAUGGCAGCGGCGCUCGACCACCCCAUCUGCCGGACCUCAAACUACGCGGACAUGUUUUCCUGCUACCAGUUUGUCACCGAGGCGCACUGCUCGGGCACGACGCCGGUGCCCUACGGUGUUUGCAGCCGCAACGGCAAAGAUACGAGCAACGCAGCGAGAGCCACAUCGUCGGCUUCGCGGAUAGGCACCGGCGGCCCUGCAAGAUGGGCGAGCUUCGCGCUCGUCGUGCUCCUCACCGCUCCCCUGUCGCUCCUGGUGUGA